AUGCAAAAAAUCAUUCACGACUUCUACUCUGAUCUCUUCGACAGUUAUGCCCAAUUGCCUCCUCACAAUGUGAGGGAAGACGGACAUGUUAUUCACGAGGUUCCACCCGAAGUACGACAUGCUAUCAUGUCGGUAAGGAAUCGUACAGCACCCGGUCCCGACAGCAUAAGAUCGGAACACCUGAAGAACCUUCCGCCAGUACUCAUCAGCACCCUGGCAAGGCUCUUUACGCGUUACCUGUCGGAAUGCAAAGUCCCUAAAUAG